CGCCGUCCCACCGGGAGCUCUCGCUGAAGCAUGUCCGAGGCCUCGCCGCCAGCUCCAGCUGCCUCCAGUGCUCCUGAGAAACCUGCCGCCGGGAAGAAGACAAAGAAGCCGGCCAAAGCUGCGGCGGCCGGUCGGAAGAAGGUCGCGGGUCCCUCCGUGUCCGAGCUGCUUGUGCAGGCGGUGUCCUCCUCCAAGGAGCGCAGCGGCGUGUCGCUGGCCGCGCUUAAGAAGGCCCUGGCGGCCGCCGGCUACGACGUGGACAAGAACAACAGCCGCAUCAAGCUGGGCCUCAAGACCCUGGUGAGCAAGGGCACCCUGGUGCAGACCAAGGGCACCGGCGCCUCCGGCUCCUUCAAGCUCAACAAGAAGGCGGCCUCCGGGGAGGCCAAGCCCAGCACCGCAAAGGUUUCUGCGAAACCUAAGGCCACGGGCGCUAAGAAACCCAAGAAGGCCACUGCAGCUGCCGCUAAAAGAGCCGCCAAGAGUCCAAAAAAGGUUAAAAAAGCCGCGGCGACAAAGAAGCCCUCCAAGAGCCCUAAGAAGCCUAAGGCUGUGAAGCCUAAGAAGGUGGGCAAGAGCCCGGCCAAAGCUAAGGCUGUGAAGCCCAAAGCGGCGAAGGCGACCAAGCCAAAGACCGCUGUGAAGCCCAAGAAGGUGGCACCCAAGAAAAAGUGAAACGCGUGGGGGACGUAUUUUAACAACCCAACGGCUCUUUUAAGAGCCACCAACGUUUUCAGAAAAGAGCUUUGGUAUCACUCACUUGCUGCAAGGGGUGUGUUCUCACGCCGUUUUGCCCUCCAUCAGUCAGGCCAGCACGUCCACGUAGGUUUCUCCCUAUGGGCACUGCACCUAGUACGAUCCUAUUCGACAAAAAGUUCGAGGAUUCCAUAUUGGUUCCAGUGGAGCCAGCCUUUGAAGGCUCUGGGGAACCCCAACUUAGUCAUCGGAAGGUAAGUACAUGUAUCUGUAAUAGGGUGGUAACUACCUGUAUGGGAUCGGACAUUCUGCUCAGUCUGCAGGAUUUCCCUGGCGGUCUCAGGUCAAAGCGGGAGCAAUAUUCUGAAGCAGUCUCCUGAAAUGGGGUGGCCCUGAGAAGUGCUUUUAGGGCAAUCUGACUGAUAUGAAUGGCACACAGGUUGCUGUCCACCAGGUGGGUCUCCCACGCCUGCAUCGUCAUUGUCGACUGCAAUGUGCUUCCUGCGUGAAGCCUGACCCUGCGUGUAUUUGCUGGCUGCACCUUAGUUUCCGGCCAUGGAUAGGACAAAAGAACUUGGAUGCAAUGGGGUUUUAGAGCUAAAGUGCAAAAAGCCCUACCUGGUUUCUGUUAAUAGAAACAACUGUCCUGAUUAAUAUUUGAAAUUUC